UCCAUUUGUUGCUGGAUGAGUCCCACUCCUUCCUUAUUCCUGACAGUAACAUGCUUUGCCGAAGCAGGUGGGCAGUAUGUUUCAGAAAUGGCACGGGCGGUGGAAUUGCUGGGAUUGCGUGCAUGCUUGACAAAGUCAACAAUGGACUGUGGUGAUGGGUUACCUCCAAACUGGAGUUCUUGUUCUACCGACGACUGCAUUCAGUCACAGAAGGAUCUAUAUGAAAAGCAUCAUAACACAGCUGAUGGGCGAAUCAGGAUAUGGUUUGGGUUGAGACAGAUCAUGAAUGCGACAGAUCGGUUACUGCUUGAAACAAGGGAUGCUGCACAGGAACUGAAUACUGGAAUCCAUAUGCAUAUUGCGGAAAUACCAUAUGAAAAUCAGCUUGUAAUGCGGAUGAAGAAAAUUGAUCAUGGGACAGUUACAUAUUUAGAGAAAAUUGAUUUUCUGAGGAGUAAUUUGCUGGCUGCCCAUUCUGUUUGGUUGAAUGAGUCUGAGAUAAGUCAUUUUUCAAACGCUGGUGUCAAGGUUUCUCAUUGCCCAGCAUCUGCCAUGAGAAUGUUGGGGUUUGCUCCUAUUAGGGAAAUGCUGGAUUCUGGUGUUUGUGUCUCUCUCGGUACCGAUGGAGCACCAAGCAAUAACAGAAUGAGCAUUGUUGAUGAGAUGUACCUAGCCUCCCUUAUUAACAAAGGGCGUGAGGCCUAUAUCAGUGGUACAACAAACCCAACCGUGCUUCCUUCUGAGACUCUGCUGACGAUGGCUACUAUUAAUGGUGCAAAAGCGGUUCUGUGGGAUAAUGAAAUAGGCUCUCUGGAGGUUGGCAAAAAGGCGGACCUGAUUGUGGUGAAUCCAUUUAAGUGGUCCAUGCUUCCGUUACAUGACAGCAUUGCCAACAUUGUUUAUUGCAUGCGGUCAGAAAAUAUCGAAUCUGUUAUGUGCAAUGGCCAAUGGAUUAUGAAGGAUCAGAAGAUUAUGAAUGUAAAUGAGGAGGAGGUAAUUUCUUCAGCAGUAAAGAGAGCAACUGCCCUCCUAGCGCGAGCUGGCAUCAAUCUCCCUGAAAGGAUGAACUACUUGUGAUUUUAUCAUGCUAGUUCUUCUCCCCGAAACUUUCGGUCCCAAUGAUCAAGCUGAAUAUGGAGCUCAUGCAUAACCUUUCGUGGGGUUAUUCAAUGCUUGUUCUUCUCCUGGAAACUGCUAUUUUUGCACUUUUAAGCGAGGUUAAUUGCUCGUUUGAGAAGGAAUAAGUCGACGAUUAAUUUGGGGGGAGGACUAGCAUGCAUAAUCUUCAAUCCAAUGAUAAAACUGAAGAUGAAGCUCAAUCUUCAAGUGAAGAAUCUCAAGCUCCAUUGUAGGACCCUCAAGUCCAAGGUGGAACUCAAGCUCCAAGUGAAGAAAACAAGUUCCAUGUAAUAUCAAGAUUCUGAUCAAGCUCCGCCGCUGCCCCCCAAUAGUUCAUACUAGCGGCCUCGGUGCCAUUGUUUGCUUAGUUGUGACUUGUCCGGUUGCUGCUUUUGUUCGAAAAAUUAAGGUGACUUUGUGGUUCAGGUCCGUGUCGAGAUUUAGUAUAAAAAUCCUGAUAGUAUCUGGGCAUAUUAACAACUCAACAUGAAGCAUGCAUGAUCCCAGUCUGCAUGUUCUGAACGUAUUAGUAUCAAUGCAUAUUAGUAUUAGCAGGCUCUCAUAAAUAAUAUAGGAGAUUUUAUAUUUUUAGAAAAGGAGGA